AAUAUUUUGCCCUUUUCAUCGUUCCUGGGCCGGCCGUCUGCAGUGGUGUUUGCUUUAUUCUAUUUUCCUCCCUUGUACUCUUUUUCGUGGGGAGAAUACAGCGAGGGUUUUCGCCGGUAGAAAAUCCACCACCGCCGGCGUUUUGCGGCGAGUUCAGCGUGGCCAGGGCGUUCAGUGCGUCGUCAGAGACCAAGUUCAGCUGAGUUCUACGAGGACAUAUAAGAUUUGGCUGAGUAAAGGGACAUUGAGAGAAUGGGGAGUGAAGAAGAGAGCACGGUGAAGGAACCGCUGGAUCUUAUCAGGCUCAGCCUUGACGAGAGAAUUUAUGUCAAGCUCCGUUCUGACCGUGAACUCCGUGGAAAACUUCAUGCUUAUGACCAGCACCUUAAUAUGAUUCUUGGAGAUGUCGAGGAAAUUGUGACAACUAUUGAGAUUGAUGAUGAAACAUAUGAAGAGAUAGUUCGGACUACAAAAAGGGUGGUCCCUUUCCUUUUUGUUCGUGGAGAUGGCGUGAUUUUGGUUUCACCUCCUUUGCGGACUGCUUGAUUUACCCCUCCCCCCCCACCACCACCACCAAAAUGAGGAAAGAUAUCGAUGACAAUGGUCAGUUUGAUGUUUUCUUUUUGUUUAAAAAUCAACAAUGUGGCUUUCUUUCUUUGUCUUUUCUUGAUCAAAGCUAUGUUGGUGGUGUUGGUAUUAUUAUGUUUUGCUCUGUACUCCCCUCCCAUGUCCCCUACAUUCAUGUAUAACUUCUUUCUACUCGUAGUAGAUACCGAUAGUUUUUCCAUGUUCAUUUGGCGGUAAUGUUUUCUAUUGUGUUCAAAAUUAUCUCUCCUCGCCAAUUAUAUUCUCUUGUUCUUUUGUUGUUUUUUUAAUGAACGAAUGUGUUCGAAACGAAUAUAUUAUGAAACAGGCACCUUAUAAUCCCGCACGAAAUUCUUGAAUAAAGAGCACUAUUGUCU